ACUUCAGUUCAAGACAGGAUGGCGUCUGAGCUGCCUUCUUUAACAGGAAAAGUAUGCAUUGUGACAGGAGCUUCCAGGGGAAUUGGCAAAGGUAUUGCUUUGAUGUUGGCCAAGGCAGGAGCUACUGUUUAUAUCACAGGCAAGACUCUUGAUGCUGCACAAGGCAAGCAAGGGUCAUUGAGGGAAACAGCUGAAGAGAUUGGUCAGGAGAGUGCUGGUCAAUGUAUUCCUGUCAAGUGUGACCAUGGAAAUGAUGAGGAAGUAAAAAAAUUGUUUGAAAAAGUCAGUCAAGAACAAAAUGGGCGAUUGGAUGUUCUUGUGAACAAUGCUUACAAAGGAGUAAAGGCAAUAUUGGAGAGUGCUGGGAAACCAUUUUAUGAACAGUCAGUGGAGAUGUGGGAUGAGGUCAACAAUGUGGGCUUAAGAUCCAGUUAUGUGGCUGCAUGGCAUGCAGCUAAGAUGAUGGUUCCAGCAAAACAGGGGCUCAUUGUCAAUGUGUCAUCAGCCGGAGGCUUAAGAUAUCUCUUUAAUGUUGCAUAUGGCGUCGGCAAAGCUGCAACGGACAGAAUGGCUGCAGACAUGGCUGUGGAACUACGCAAACAGAACGUGGCGUGUGUCUCUCUGUGGCCAGGAGCUGUGAAAACUGAGAUUGUGACGGACUUGAUUCUCAGCAAAGCGGAUCAAGGAGGAAAGGCAAGUAAAGCCGCCACAAUUUUCAAAGACGCUGAAGAUGUCACGUUCUCCGGCAAAGCUGUGGCGUGGCUUGCAUCAGAUAGCGAUAUCAUGAAAAAGACUGGUCGGAUUCUAAUAGUGGCAGAGUUGGCCAAAGAAUACGGUUUCAAAGAUGUUGGAGGAACUCAACCGUUGUCCAUUCGUCAAGUGAAGUUUCAUCUGGAGAGGUCCUACCCCUCUGUCGCCUGGAUGAUGCCUGAGUUUGUCUAUGUCCCGGCCUGGUUAGUGGCAGCUGCAACUCACAAACUCUGAUCACGUGAUUGAUCGACUCCCACCGGCUCAACAUGUGUUUAAUUACAAAAAUGAAAUCGCUAUUUGAAAUAGUGGCUGAUGAGUAAAGAGAUUUUAUUUUGGUGAUUGGGGGUAUAUUGUCAUCGGUAAGUGAUUAUGAUAACAUGGUAAUAUAAAUUUUAAUAAAUAAAUGGGAAAAACCUGGAACAACCUUGUGAAUUGAAGUCCUUGAAUUAUAGCCCGACAUUGUGAACCAGAUCAAAAUAAGGUAUCCGUUAUUUUUAACUAGAGUUUUGAGUUGGAGCCAUGACAGAGUUAUGUAGCGUGUGGUGAGAGAAACUCAGUCCAGUGCGUAAUUGAAAAAAAGAGGUCUAUGGCGGAAGGCAUCUUUUUCAGCAUCAUCAAUGGUAUACGAUUUUCGCCUUUAGUUGCUGGACAACAUAACCACGAGGACAUAGUUGCGUAGGCGAAAUAACAGGGAAACUAAAACUGGAGCGAAUCAAAGCAAAACUAGC